AUGGACAAUAUCGAGGACCACUUCAAGAGCAUCCGUGUUGAGUGGCAUGCGCUGAAGGAAAAGUGGUUCCACGGCGAGACCAUCGACCCCGUGUUCGAGGGAACGGUGAGAGAUUUCUGCGCCUUCGAUGAGGCCAUGCAGAACGUCCACCAGAAGGUAGGGGUCUUCAUGCGAGGUGUCGAGCAGCUCGCGAACGGCAUGGUCCAGCUGUCCGAAGGGGUCUCCUCGGGGCUGUCUCACUCGAACGACUCCCAGAUUGCGUCGGACAGCUGCAAGCUGAAGGAGGCCACGAACCAGAUUGCGAGAAGCGACGCGCCGCACAGCGCGAUCGCCAAACUGCGGCGAGACAUGAAUUUCAACAUCCUCAACCCGGUGCAAAACCACAUCGCCAACAACCGCAACAUCAAGGUGAACCUCGACAUCCGUAGGCGCCGACUGGUGGAGUUGAACGCAGCUAAAAAGCAGUACGAGGAGCAGGUCAAGAGGAACCCGCCCGCCCACGACAAGAAGCUUCUGCAGGCUCAGGCCCACUUCGAGUCCGCCAAGAUGACGUUCAACGACGUGGACCGCUGCGUCUUCGAGUGGCUCUACAUCCUGGAGGAGUACCGGGGCGACAUACUGGAUUCCACCUUGCAGACUCUCAAGUACUUGGAAUACGAGUUCUUCGCGACCUCCGCGCACGCGAUCUCUACGUCCCUGCCUUCGCGAAUGGAGUUUCGUCCAAUGGUGGAGAUGACCCCAGAGCACCUGGAGGCGCAGGUGGAGCUGGAGCUCCAGGAGGACGAGCAGCGGGAGGGCGCCGGGCGCGGCGUCGGCGGCAGCGGCGCGGAGGCCCAGGUGGCAGACUUCUCUGCGAGGCUCAUCGACAAAAAGGUCAAGGAAGAGCCAGAGGGCUCAGGGCCUGCGGUGGCCGUGGACCCGCUCUCGCUGUGCUCGCUGCUCUCACAGGGCUUCGAGGAGGGCCCGGCGCGGCGCGCGCUGCGGAUGCAUCAGAACGACACGCAGGCGGCCCUCGACUGGCUGAUCAACGGCCAG